AUAUAGAAGUUAGAAAGACGGCAACAUCCAGCAGACAGCUACAUACCAGUCAGAUAUCGCUAUUAGUGAGAUCAUUUUUUGAGAUCAUCUUGUUUUAGUCUGUUUGAGAUCAGCUCUGAAGGCAGGAUGAGAUUCCAGCUGCUCGUCUUCCUUCUGAUGACGGCCUCUUUCUGUGCCAUCUCUGGUCAGGCCAUGUCCUAUGAGGAUUGCUGUCUGUCCUACAAUGUGGUCAAACACCCCAAGAAACUCAGUCGCAAAAUAAUCCAUCACCGAGUGCAGGGAACAGGCGGCGGCUGCAACCUCCCCGCCAUAGUUCUAACGUUGAAAAAAUCUCGAAUUGUUUGUGUCGACCCAGAGGAGAAAUGGCUGCAAAUGUUCCUGAAAAAGUCCAGAAAGUGGCAAAAAGAAACUAGAACCAGAAGCAAGAAACUCAGUGACUCUAAACUGAGCGAGGACUGACAGGGAGGAGAGAAGAUGGCAGCAUCCAGCCUUGCAAUAAAGUCAAUUGUUUCACAUAACCAAUCGUAAUUUGCAACAUUAAGCAGAUAUCUGUGUAGAACGGAUGGUAGAAACAGCCUGAAUGAAGAAGAUGGAAUGGCAAAGAAUAACUCUUAGGAGGGAUCCCGUGAUUGACAGAUAUAACUCACAGCAAAACCAGGACUGCUGUCACCUUCACCAACUCGGCCAUCAAAUAUCUUCUCUGCACCAAUGGAAAGAGCCCAAUUUAGUCAGCCUCUCUUUAUACCUAUAUACAUUGUCUCACAUGUUCUAUGAAUAUAAGUUGUUCUGUUUGCUUUUAAUAAAUCAGUUUCUAUGG